CUGUAACGCGGAUGGGGCUCAACAUUAGCUAGCUAGUCAUGAGUUAGCCACUAGCAUGGUUUCAUGGUUUGUAGGUUGAAGUCCUGAACUGACAGCAGGCAUCAUGUCAACCCCAAAUUUGCUGGUCUUGUAUGGCAGCCAGACUGGAACAGCCCAAGACACAUCCCAGAGGAUCGGCAGGCAGGCGCUGAGGAGACGCCUCAGUGUUCAAGUAUUGCCUUUAGAUGACUACCAUGUGGCCAACCUCAUCACAGAGUCUUUGGUUGUGUUUGUAUGUUCGACCACCGGUCAAGGAGACCCGCCUGACAAUAUGAAGAACUUCUGGAGGUUCCUAUUCAGGAAGUCUUUACCUGUUGGAUCUCUGUGUCGGCUGGAUUGUGCUGUUUUGGGCCUUGGCGACUCUUCAUACCCCAAGUUUAAUUUUGUGGCAAAGAAGCUUCACAAGCGUCUCUUGCAAUUGGGAGCCAGUGUGCUGCUGCCUGUUGGACUCGCCGACGAUCAACACGAUUUAGGGGCGGACGCUGUGAUUGACCCGUGGAUCGCUUCAUUUUGGGAGAAAUUGUUUUCACUCCACCCAAGUUAUGCAGAUGUGAUUCCCUUGAGGGAUGAUGAACCGCUUCCACCGACUUAUACGCUGAGCUUUCUUGAAGAUUCAACAUCAAAGUCUGAAGAGAGGCUGAGAAUUCAGUCAGAUGAAACUGUCCCUUCCCAGCUCCAUCCUUUUCCUGCCAGACUGGUUUUUAACAAGAGGGUCACUGACCACUCACACUUUCAGGAUGUCAGACACAUCGAGUUUGACAUCACUGGAUCCAACAUCCAGUUUGCUGCAGGUGAUGUGGUGAUGAUGUAUCCAUGCAACGCUUCUGAAGACGUUGAGCAAUUCUGUCAGCUGCUGAGAUUAGAGCCAGAGGCCAAGUUCACUCUCACCCCCUCAGGCAACACUGCAGUUCCUGCUAGGAUUCCUCAGCCCUGCACUGUACGCCACCUGGUGGAGAGCGUUCUGGACAUUGCUGCAGUGCCACGGCGUUCCUUCUUUGAGCUGCUAUCCACCAUUUCCACCAAUGAGUUGGAGCGAGAGAAGCUGCUGGAGUUCAGCUCAGCAGCCGGUCAGGAGGAGCUACACAGCUAUUGCAACCGACCUCGUCGCACAGCCCUCGAGGUGUUGGCAGAUUUUCCUCACACCACGGCAGAAGUUAAAGUUGACUACCUGCUGGAUCUUUUCCCUGAGAUCCAACCUCGUUCCUUCUCCAUCGCCUCCUCUUUAAAGGCUCAUCCACAGAGAAUCCAGGUGCUGGUCGCUGUGGUCCGCUACAAAACAAGGAUGUUUCAUCCCAGAAGAGGCCUCUGCUCCAACUGGCUGGCAUCUCUGGACCCCACUUCAGGUGACGUUCAUGUGCCGUUGUGGGUGAAGAGAGGGAGUCUGAGGUUUCCUGCUGAGCAGGACCGGCCUGUGAUAAUGGUGGGACCCGGGACAGGAGUGGCCCCCUUCAGGUCGGUGCUACAAGAAAGGACAGCGGAGGGGAAAACCAACAAUGUUCUGUUCUUCGGCUGUCGAUCCCAGUCCAAAGACUUCUACUUCAGGUCUGAAUGGGAGGCGAUGAUUAAAGCAGGGCAGCUCACCCUCUUCACUGCCUUCUCCAGAGACCAGGAGGAAAAGGUUUAUGUGCAGCACCGCGUGAAGGAGAGUGCUCGACUACUGUGGGAUCUUCUUGCAAAUAAAGAAGCUGUCUUUUACGUUGCUGGAAAUGCCAAAGAGAUGCCGUCUAGUGUCAGAGACGCUCUCCAGGAAGUGUUCCAGCUGGAGGGGCACAUGUCCAGUGCAGAGGCCAAACAGGUGCUACAAGACAUGGAGCGGAUGGGUCGACUCCAGACCGAGACCUGGUCCUGAUCAGGUCAGGUCAACCUGAUGGUGACCUCUCACAUCCAGGUUUUGGAAAUAUGGACUGCAUUCCUUUCAAGACUGACUUAUUUUAACACUGCAGCAGCCUCAUCGCAAGAUAGUCACAGGUUCAAGAGCAGUUUGAGGGAAUGGGAUGAAUAUGGUGCCAUUUCUGUUUGAGGUUUGCACAUUCUCUCAAACACUGCACAAACACAACUGCUGACGAUAAAUAGUUGUGAGAGCUGGUAAAGGCUGUAGUAGGAAAUGAAAGGCUACUUUUAACAAAGCGUAACUUCCUAAUGUUAAUGAAUAGUUUUUUUAUCUUACACACAUCAAUCACAAUUGACUUGUAUAUCACAACUUCUAAAAAACGCUUUGACAGCCUUUUAGCUUGAGAAACUGAUUUUCCGCAUUAGUCUUCAGAACCUCUCCCUACUCCCAAAGGGAAAAAAAAGAAAAAAAUAAAUCUUUUAAGAACUCAAACAGAUGAAGAGAAAAAUGGGCCAAAAUAUACAUAAGUGAGUAUGACUUUCAGCUAUUUUCAACUUUCAUUUUUAAAGUCGAGUUUUAAAAGGGACCUGGUCUUGUGCAAUGUAAUAAAAAGUCUGUUGUUGGGAUCUUAUGACCAGAAAACUGCUGGUAGCGGCUCAAUAACAAGAACUGCCAAACAAAAAAAAGGUCGAAGUUCAGAACCAUUUUAUUUCAGUUCACUUUUUACAAAGAUUUCAGUCAUGCCUGGAGAAAACUCUGCCUCAGAACAUUUACAGUUUUGACUUCUGCUUUUCCUGACAACUUUGUUCAUCUUUUUUUUUUAGCUGAAACACUGAAUUUUACAGUCAGUAAAAAUACUAAUGGAGUCUAAAAACCAAGCCUCUGUGUGAGAGGCCAAUGUGAGUUAAUAAAUAAAUAUUCUAUGAACGCAGUCUUGUGUGUAAAG